AUGAAUGCAACAUCUGAGAUUCCAUGUAAAUACUUUUCCAAAAAUGCUUGCAGUAAAGGAGAUUAAUGUAGAUUCUUACAUGACCCAAGCUUAAUUUAAAAUAUUAAUUUAGAAGAAAAUAGUGAUGAAAAAUAAUAAAAUAAAAAAAAUUAUGGAUUUGAAAAUUAUAAAAAGCCUAUUUAUAAUUAGAAAGAACAAACGUUUGAAGAUUAAGAUUCUAAAAGUGAUAAAAUAAGCAAGAAAGAUUCAAAAUUUAAGUUAAAUUUAAAAAAAAAAAAUGAUAAUUUUUAAUACAAUAACUAAAUGAAAUAAAAUGAGAGAUCUUAAAUACAUAAUAAUGAGAAAUGUAACAAAUAUAAAAUAAGUCAUAGAAUCAUAAAAUGAUUUUAGAGAUUCAAAAUAAAAAUAGAAAAAUAAUGUUAAUUCUGAUAGAUGGGAGAGAAAUUAAGAAAAUGAUGAAGAUAAAUAAGAUUUCAAAAAUAAUUAUACAAGAGGAAGAGGAAAUUUAUAAUUUUAAGAUUAUAGAAAUGAUCAAGUAAAUUUUAGGAGAGGAUUUAAUCGAUAAGAAUAAAGAGGAUUCUAAAAUUAUGAUGCUCGUAAAGAUGAUUUUCAAGAUGAGGAACAUAUGUAAAAUAUACAAAAAAGAAUUAAAAAGAAUGUUGUAGUUGCUAAGAAAAUAUUAAAAUUAGAGUAAAGUAUAGAAAUAUAUGAAAUUGUUAAGAUAAUUGGAUUUUACAAUUAAUAAUUAAUUAUUUUGAAAGCAAAUCAAAUUGAAUUUUAUAAUAUUCCAUUUAAAAGAAACGGAACUGAUAUUUUAGAUGAUAGUCUAAAAACAAGUUUAGAUCAUUGGGAUAAGAUUUUAUUAAAUGGUUGGAUUUAAGAAUAAUCAGAUGGCAGAUUUAAUUUAAUAGUUGAAUUUAUAAGAAAAAGUGAAAAGAUCAAAAAUUUACUUAUUUAUCCUAUUUUGUUUUAAUAGGAAUCACAUAUUCUUAUAAAUGAAGUAACAAUAAAAAAUAUAGUAUUUGCUGAAAAAGAAUAAGAUCUUAUUUUAACAUUUUGUUAAGAUGGUUUGAUAAGGAUAUUUUAAUAUUGCGAAGAUUAAUAUAAAUUCAUGUAGCAUUACAAUUUAGAUUAAACAAUAGAAACAGUUAUAAAAGUGGGAAGCAAUUAUUUAAUUGGAACAAGAAAAUAAAAAAUAUUUAUAUUUGAUGGAUUAGAAAUUCAGUCAAUCUAAUACUAAUUCGAUAAAAUUUGCACACAAAUGGUUAUUGAUUUUAAUAGAGUGAUAUUAAAGUUUGAUAAUGAAACUGAAUCUUCAAUAUACAUUUUAACAUAAAAUCUAAAAGUAAAUGGACCUAUGUAUAAUGGAUCAAAGAUCGAUUGCUUAGAUAUAAUUAGGAGUUAUGAAAAUGAAAAAUUAUUUAUUUUCAGCAUUGAGAAUUCAGUAGAGACAUUUAUAGAAAUUGACAAUAAGUUAUAAAUCUUUGAUAAGCUUUAGAAUUAAAACAUCAAAAAUAUCUAAAAGUUUGAGAUGAAAAAUUAAAAUAUGUUGAUUUAAAAAUAUAUAGUAGGGAAUAAUAAUUUAAAUCUUAAAUUAUAUAGUAUUAUCCCUGAAGAAUGA